AUGUCGGACCCGGCGGCGCAGGCCUUGCAACCCCGGCUUCUCCAAGUCCAGUCUACUGGGUCAGCUGGUUCCAGUACUGCCGCGACAGGCUCCGGAUCAGCGAGUAGUGACCCGGCUAGACCGGGACUUAGCCAGCAACAACGUGCAAGCCAGAAGAAAGCCCAAGUCCGAGCUUUUCCACGGGCGAAAAAGCUUGAGAAACUUGGCGUAUUCUCCGCAUGCAAGGCUAGUGACACAUGCAAGUGCAAUGGAUGGAAAAACCCAAAUCCACCCUCAGCCACACGAAUGGACCUGCAACAGCAAGCAGCCAGCCUGAGCGAGCCGUGCCGCAGCUGUGGACAUGCUCUGGCUGAUCAUGUGUCACACCUGAAGAAUGUGUCUGAGGAUGAGAUAAACCGCUUGUUGGGGAUGGUGGUGGACGUGGAGAACCUCUUCAUGUCUGUACACAAAGAGGAGGACACCGACACCAAACAGGUCUACUUCUACCUAUUCAAGCUGCUGAGGAAAUGCAUCCUGCAGAUGAGCCAGCCAGUCGUAGAGGGAUCCCUCGGAAGUCCACCCUUUGAAAAGCCCAACAUCGAGCAGGGGGUUUUGAAUUUUGUUCAGUAUAAAUUCAGCCACCUGGCACCAAAGGAAAGGCAGACCAUGUUUGAGCUAUCAAAGAUGUUCCUCUUGUGCCUAAAUUACUGGAAGCUGGAGACACCAACACAGUAUCGCCAGCGCACUCAGAAGGACGAUGGGACAGCAUACAAAGUGGACUACACCAGGUGGCUGUGCUACUGCCACGUGCCCCAGAGUAACGACAGCCUGCCGCGCUACGAAACCACUCACGUGUUCGGCCGCAGUUUGCUCAAAUCCAUCUUCACUGUGACCCGACGCCAGCUUCUGGAGAAGUUCAGAGUGGAGAAGGACAAACUGCUACCAGAAAAACGCACGCUCAUCCUCACACACUUUCCCAAGUUCUUGUCCAUGCUGGAGGAGGAAAUCUAUGGGGAGAAUUCCCCAAUCUGGGAGUCCGACUUCACCAUGCCUGCCUCCGACGGCACACAGCUGGGACAUCAGACCGUGAUCAGUCCUGCUGCAGUGUCCGGCUCUCUGCCCAAAGGUCUGAGCAGCGUCUCCUCCCUGGGCAGCAUGGACGCUGGAAGCACAGAGCCCAUCACAGGAGAGAAGCGCAAACUUCCGGAGGCACUGACCUUAGAGGAUGCCAAGCGGAUCCGUGUGAUGGGAGAUAUUCCUAUGGAGCUGGUCAAUGAAGUCAUGAUGACAAUCACUGACCCUGCUGCUAUGCUUGGACCUGAGACUAAUCUGCUGACGCCGAACGCUGCCCGUGAUGAGACUGCCAGGCUGGAGGAGAGGCGGGGAAUCAUAGAGUUCCACGUCAUUGGAAACUCCCUUUCCCAGAAGUCCAACAAGAAGAUCCUGAUGUGGCUGGUGGGCCUGCAGAAUGUCUUCUCUCAUCAAUUACCUCGCAUGCCCAAAGAGUACAUCACACGACUGGUGUUUGACCCGAAGCACAAGACCCUAGCCCUCAUCAAAGAUGGCCGCGUCAUUGGAGGCAUCUGUUUUAGGAUGUUUCCUACUCAGGGAUUCACGGAGAUCGUCUUCUGUGCUGUCACAUCCAAUGAGCAAGUUAAGGGCUAUGGUACCCACCUAAUGAACCACCUGAAGGAGUACCACAUCAAACACAACAUCCUCUAUUUCCUCACUUACGCAGACGAGUACGCCAUUGGCUAUUUCAAGAAGCAGGGCUUUUCCAAAGACAUCAAAGUGCCGAAGAGUCGAUACCUUGGAUACAUCAAAGACUACGAGGGAGCGACCCUCAUGGAGUGUGAGCUGAACCCGAGGAUCCCCUACACGGAGCUCUCUCAUAUCAUUAAAAGACAGAAGGAGAUUAUUAAGAAGCUGAUUGAGAGAAAACAGAGCCAGAUCAGGAAGGUUUACCCAGGUCUCACCUGCUUUAAAGAGGGAGUACGACAGAUCCCGGUGGAGAGCAUUCCAGGCAUAAGAGAGACCGGCUGGAAACCCAGUAACAAGGACAAAGGGAAAGAGGUGAAGGAUCCUGACGUGUUAUACAACAUGCUGAAGAACCUCCUGGCCCAGAUAAAGACUCAUCCUGAUGCGUGGCCCUUCAUGGAACCAGUGAAAAAAUCGGAGGCUCCAGAUUACUACGAGAUUAUCCGCUUCCCCAUUGACCUAAAGACCAUGACAGAGAGACUAAAGAAUAGGUACUAUGUGACCAAGAAGCUUUUCAUUGCCGACCUGCAGCGAAUCAUCACCAACUGUCGCGAGUACAACCCUCCAGACAGCGAGUACUGUAAGAGUGCCAACACCUUGGAGAAGUUCUUCUACUUCAAAUUAAAAGAUGGAGGCCUGAUCGAGAAAUAAAUUUGGCGACAGAAUUAUUUACAGAUUUCUUAACAGACGAGGGGCAACUUUCACACACCAAGAUGGGACAACAUUGCUAGCUAUUGUCAUAUCUGAGUUAAUUUAUGGUAUGUACAUGACACUUUACAAGGGAAUUGUUGGACAGAGCGUUGUUUGGUCAUAUGUGAUGAAGCUGAGCAUUACAAAGGGUCAAAAAUGGCAUUACUUUUCCCUUUUAUGUUGUCAUUUUCUCUUUCCCAGUACUCACAAUGGGUCAAUACUCUGCAUAUACAUGUCUCAUUAAGUGUACCAAAGUUAUAGGUCCAAGUUAUAACAAUGCCACACUUUCCACCAUUAUUUAUUGUACAAUUGACCUGGUUUUGUCGCGUUUUAAUGACAUUUGUUCAUUCCAAUUUGCUUAAAACUCGUCACUCGAGGUAACAUUUAUGUAUUGUAGAGUUCUUUUACAACAAACUGGACCUUGGGACCUAAAGCCACGGUGCCUUCCAUUACUGACAGACACUUGAACAUCCCAGCCAUCUUCAUGGGUAUAAAGAUACAACUUUUUUGAGGGGUGAAGUCCUCAAAGGUCCCAUGGCAUGAAAAUAUAAUUGAGUUUUUCUUUAAACAUAAUAUGCGUCCCCCUAGCCUGCCUAUGGUCCCCCAGUGGAUAGAAAUAGCAAUAGGUGUAAACCGAGCCCUGGGUAUCCUGCUCUGCAUUUGAGAAAAUGAAGGCUCAGAUGGGCCAAUCUGGAAUCUUGCUCCUUGUGAGGCCAUAAGGAGCAAGAUUACCCCCCCCCCCCCUUUCUCUGCUUUGCCCGCACAGAGAAUUUUGCCCUUCCAUGAGAGAGAGAGAGACAUCAUGGCUUUCAAACAAGCAAAACAGCAGUUGAUCAAGGUCAUUUGAUCAGUCGAUUGGUGAAAAAUGUAAUUAAGUUAAAUUGUUACAAGUUGUAAGGGAGUGCCAAUACCUAACACUGCUGGUUUUUAUCUCCCGUGUAUUUUAAAUAUGUCUAUAUUGUUUUUGAAUGUAUAGAAUGUGUGGUAAUUGAAAAGAGUAAAUUAUCAUAUAGGCAGUAGCAACAUUGUUUUCAACAUUCUUCAAUUGAUCGAAAACAUCGCAGAUGAACAGAUAAGGCUGAUGCUAGUGAUGGACUGGGUAUCAAAUAUUUUUUUUAGCAAUAAACUAAAUUUCCCCAACUGUUGCCUUCAAGAAAACACUGUUUUCAUGUUGACAACAUAGAAGAGGCUUAUUUAUACAGUAAAUGAUGCACUAUUUGUACAUUUAUCACUGGCAGGGUUUUAUUCUAAACCAUUCAGGAUGAGGUCGCACAUUAGUAUGGUUCUUACCCUGUCUGCAGGUGAUACUGUAGUUGUUGGCAUUGUUUGUUCUGUUGCUAGACUCUGCAGUACAGUCACUUCCACACACACACUCACACACACACGCUAAGUAGUCUAUAUAGUGUACAGCCACAUUUCUUUGUUGUGGUCCAGGUUUACUGGAUAGUUUGUUGAUACAAUCCAAACAUGGUGGUGGGGAAAGCUACCCAGCCGUCUUCAUAGUGAUGUUCGGGAGAAGGUAACUAUUUAUCACACUGUACACAAGCUGUAGUGGGUGUCAUGCAUGGUGGACUGUUUACAAUUUCAAUUCAUAAAAACCAUCCAACUCUUA